CACGUAUAUGCAAUAAAUCAUUCGCUUGACGUUCGCGAAGGUGCGCGGCAGGGGUUCCAUGACGCGAUCUGGGGAGCAUAAUGUCAUGAAUCGGGUCACGGCAAUACCCCGCAUUUUCAUUCUCUCAUGCCAAUGGGUUAGGAGAUAAUACCGAGUCCGGUAAUUACAACGGCGGGUAGCGGGUGGUGAAGACCAGGUAGACUAACUCAUUCGCAAUGAUCGGGGUAAUGGCGAACAGCUGAUUGAUGCAAUUUCUUCGAGUACGCUAUGAACUUGAGUUGCUUUGACCCCCUUUGUUUGCCCCUGUCGAUCAACGAUCUCCAAAAAAAAAUCUGGAAAUUUUACUGAAAGGGGACGAUACUCUGAGCUCCUUUCGAUCGAAUGCCUCCGAAAAUAUCGCCUAUCUCCUGUAAAACGGUCCGAGUCAGAUCUGACACUUGUUUACAGAGAAUGAAGUCUGCAUCGUGUCUCGCAGCCCAAAACAUGAGCAUUGAGGAAUAGAUUGAACGCCUCGAACAAUCCCAGUAGAUCGACAAUUUUCAACUUCUAGCGUCAUCGGAGUAGCACCAGAAAGCGUUGGUAUCUACCGAGGUCAAAGACUCUAGGUCGACAUGGUCCAAGUGCUCUUAAUUCUUGGAGUUGUACCUGAAUGCUAUAAGUAAGACCAGGGAAUCCCUAGAUGCAAUAUGGAUUACAGCACUUCUCUUCGCGAUACAUCAUCGAAGAUUCUUACCACCAAUACUAUUCUCGCGAACUGAUAUCGUUUACCAUAUUGUGACCAUGUUCUCAACACCAAUUAUCCUCAUAUCUCUUCUAGUCACAGCGACUACCAUCUCCGCAACUCCAACGGGCAUCCACAAACGAGCUAUAUCGUGCCUCAAGCCCGGCUCGACAGCGACAGCGACAUGGACAGAUGCCCAGGGCAAGACAUGUAGAUGGACCGGCACGGUAGGAAGCAACUUCGGUCCAAACAGUGGCAACGGUGGAGAAUACAGCUGCAAUGGUCGUUGCGGAGCAGGUUGCAGCGGCUUUGCGCUCGGGAAUGCAUAUACGCAGGACUGCUUUUCGCAUGAUGUUUGUUCAUGGUUCAAUAAUGCAAGUGGAGGCGCCAGUGACCCUAACUGUGGCGCGGCUUACAAUGCGGCGGUGGAUGAUACGCUGAUGGGCGCAGUGAGCGGGUGUGGAGAGACUAACCCAAGUAAUGCGGUGCAGGUACCCAGCAACCAGCCAACGUGCUCAUAA